AUGUCCUAUCAUAUUAGAAGGUCUCGGGCUAUCAUAUUCAUAUUCGUGCUAACGAUAACCAUUUUGCUGGGAUUUCUUUUCUGGAAUCAAGAUUAUGUACAAAACUAUCAGGAUAAUUUCACCAGGAGAAUACGGCCCCGUGCAUUUGCCCCAAGUCAAUUUGAUACCAAACUAGAAGAAAUCCUAAAUUACCGAGAUAUAAAAGGAGUUGACAUUAGAACUCCAGACAGCUUCAAUAAUAUUGCUUUACCAUCUACAUUUCCAGAUUAUCAACCAUUUGAUGCACGAUAUACGUUUGCCAUAUUAUUGCAUUAUCUUGAGAGAUAUUAUCUAGAAGAACUACCUGGUUUUCAUUGGGCAGAUUUCACAAGUAUGGAACCAUUGGAAAGGUAUCUUUUUAAUGAGAAACUGAGAUGUUCAGAUUUUGAUAUUCGAUCAACGGACAAAGAAAGGAAUUCCAAGGAAGAUAGAAAAGAUCCAAACCUAUAUUGUAUUGAUGAUGCUGAUAUACCGAACUUAAUUGAAACUUCGAAAGAUGAAGAAUUGGUUAAGAAUUUGAAAUAUAUUCAAGAACAAAAGUAUUCAACUGGAUUUCAUGUAUUUGCGAAUUCUGGAAGACAGUCCUUUGAAUUUCGUCCUCUAAUAGGUAGAUCCUAUCUAUACGAUUUCAUGCCAUCGCCAAAAUCAUUGAUUCUCUUAUUUCCUGAGUUUAAAGCAUUUCAAAUUGACAUCAACCAAGACAAGAAAUUGAAAUUGGUCCAAUACGCUGAUGUAGUAGAGAGAUCUAUAAAUGUUAAGGAUCAAAUUGUUACCUUCAUGAAGACUUUGCCUAUAAAAGCUAAUCCCAUGAAUUAUAGUAUUGAAUUGAAUCAUGAGGAAUUUGUUGAUAAAUCGCCCCAGAUAAUAGAAAGCUUAGAAAGCUCCGAAGAACCAUUAUCACAGAGAGAUCAGUUAUAUCUAGAUAGUUUGAAAUUUUCCACAACGAUUGAAAAACCUUAUAAAUACUUCUCUGAGGCUUCAAUAAUUAAAUCGCAAAGGGGUUUUGCUGACGGUAUGCACUAUGAUUGGAGAUUCUAUAACGGAAAUGUAAGGGAAAGUCCGAAGAAUGAUAUGUCUGUUCAUGGAUUAUUAAAGGCGAUGUUUAAGUUAGCAAAUGCGUAUGAUAUAAAAUGUUGGAUUGCACAUGGGUCAUUGCUAUCUUGGUAUUGGGAUGGUAUGAAAUUCCCUUGGGAUGGAGAUGUUGAUAUUACAAUGCCAAUUGAUGAAUUACACCACUUGACUAGACAGUUUAACCAGAGUCUAAUUGUUGAUUUUGGGAAUGAUAUCGAUCUGCAAAUCCGUUACGGGCGAUACUUUUUGGAUUCUUCAACGUUUAUUAGUAGAAGAACGAAAGAAAACGGAAGGAAUAAUAUUGAUGCAAGACUAGUUGAUGUCGAUACUGGUAUUUAUAUUGACAUAACUGGUUUAGCGUUGAGUAAUUCUAGAUCUCGUGACAGGUACGACUUUUUGUUAAAGUCAACCAAAUAUGAACGUGAUUCCGUUGGAAAUAUUAAAGAUAAGUCGGUCACUGAAUAUGAUGUCAAUGAACAUUUGCAAGCUUACAAUUGUAAAAAUAAUAUGUUUUUCACAUUAAAAGAACUAUCGCCAAUCAUGUUAUCUUUGUUUGAUGGAGAAUACACAUAUGUCCCAAAUCAAAUAUCGACUAUAUUAAUGAAUGAAUUUACAUCAAAUUCAAUUAUUAAAACAAAAUACCGGGAUUAUACAUAUGUCCCAAUAUUAAGACUCUGGGUAAAAACCACUAUUCUUUAUGAUAUCUUAGCUGUAGACAAUAAAGCCAAGGAAAAGAUGAAAAAGGAGAAUGUUGUUCCCGAACUAAAUGAAGAUCAAUGUUUGAAAUUAUUACAAAAGAAGAAGAAUAUACUAGUAGAAUAUUUAUUAACUAGAAGGAUGACUGCCUUCCAUGAUCAAGAAAUUAAAAUGAUCCUACAAGAUGAUUCUACGGAAUCGCUAAACUACGAAGAGGGAACUUUGAUCGACAAUACAUCCGUGCUUAGAGCCGAUUUGUUUACCUGGACUUCUCAGAAGCAAAGCAAUAGUUAUGGCAAGGCUUGGAAGAGAGUAAACAAAUUAAUUAACGAAUAUGAAAAGAAAGGUAAGAAGAUGCAUAAAGUAAUACUUGGCAAAGAUGUCAUUCCAGAUAUAGUAGAGGAACCUGAAGAGAAGAAAGAAAAAGACGAAGGGGCAGAACCGAAGAAGAAUGAAAAAGACGAGAAGGCAGAGGACGUUGCGAAUAAAGAUAAAGUCAAUAAGAUCCCACCCGAGCCCGACCAAAAGAAGCGAUAA